UUCUUCUAUGAACUGAUCGUCACUGACGAAGACGAAACCGAUAAAUUUGAGAUCCUUAGUAGUAGUAAAAAACAAAGUUACGACGAUCUUUCCAAAGCAACGUUAUAUACUAUGGAGUUGAAACGACAAACACAACGAAUAUCCUUUAAAAUCAAUCACAUAUCAGAGAAAAAAUCAAAUCAAUCAUCGAAAGCUAGAGCUCACAACAAUGUCAAUGAAUGUUACAGAGAGAGAGGGUAGAGAGAGCGUGAUUGUUGUGUUGGUUGGAACUAGGGUUUCCACGGAGAAGAGUGGAGUGGCGGCGCUCAGGUGCGCUCUGCGUGACGUUGUACGGACGAACGAUGAAGUUUUGGUUCUGAUUAUGAUGGAUUCGGAGGGGGAUGCAUCGACGCCGUUGAAUGCCGCAGGUGGUUGUUGUUGUAUGGGAGAUGAAUGGUCUGAUCAAUCUAUAUGUGAGGAAAGCGAUUCGUAUAUCAAUUUUGUACAUGAAGAGAUCAAUCAGAGAAAGGAAUUUUACAGGCAGAUCUUUAGACCUUAUUAUGAUAGAUGCAAAAGCAUUGGAGUUAAGUUUCAGAUGAAGAUAGCCACCGGCUUCGAACCACAGGCCUUGGUAGUGGAAGAGGCAAACAACAUCGAUGCCACUUGGAUAGUCAUGGACAGGUUCUUUUCUAGGGACCAAACUUUCCCAUUGAAUGGAACCCAUUGCAAUGUGGCUUUGGUGAGUGGUGAUGACGACAUUAUUACACACAAGAAUUUGCCUCUCCAUGGAGCUGAAACUUCAGUAGUUCAAGAGCUAAACCCCAAUCCAAAAGCUUCAAAGCCAGACAAGGGAUUAGUCUUACAAGAGAAGUCAAACACAAAUUAUCCCUUGCCUGUUUCUCAAAUCGAAUAUAGACACUAUUUUCCUUCUCUUGCUAGUAUGAUCACAGAAGUUGAAUCGUCAUCAAACAAAAGCAUUAGUCCAAGAAAGGUGGAGUUGCCCGGGAAAGGCUCUGUUUCGGAUGAUGAUAAUAUGUCCUCCAGUGGAUUUUCUAAAGUCAAUCUCGUGGUGAGAAUGCCAUUGCAACUAAGCUGGGCUGAGGUUGAAGAAAUAACAGGUGGGUUCACAAGAAUGACUUGCGUGGAUGAGAAUGACAGUUGCAAGUCAUAUUGUGGGUAUUUAAGUGAUCAUCACUGCAGAGUUCUGGUUAAAAGAUUCACCAGACAAUUUGACUACAAUGUCGAAGCUGAAAAGAAAGCAGCCUUGACUCUGCAUCACAAAAAUAUACAGGGGUUGAUUGGUUACCACAAGAGCGAAAGUGCUACAGUAGUUGUCUAUCCUUUUACCAGAAGAUGGAUACUGGACAGAUUUAUCCAUGGAUCAAAGGGAAAGCAGGUCAAAUUGACAUUUCAAGAAAAAAUAAAGAUAGCAAUAGGAAUUGGUCAAGGUAUUCGAUACAUGCACGAAGGAUGUCCUCGGGGCCCUAUUGUUCAUGGUGACUUGCGGCCAUGCAAUAUUUUCCUGAAUUUUGACUUAGAGCCACUGAUCUUUGGAUUUGGGAAAUCUACAUGGCUGCAGCUAAAACAAGCCUUACCAAUUUCUAGUAACAGGUUAUGGCACAAGGAUCCUUCAGAUCCUGAAUCCUUGGCUCUGGUAAAAUCCGACAUCUUUCACUUUGGAAUUCUGCUCUUAAGGUUGUUUUGUAGAAGAUCUGCCCCGAAGGAUGACAAAAAAUUUUUUGAUUGGGUCCGACCAUUGUUGGUAAAAGGAGCAUACCAUGAGUUGCUGGACGAAGGCAUGGAGUACCUGGACAUGUAUGGAAUAUAUAUGGUGAUGUGUGUUGCUGCUCAGUGCAUAAAGACUAAUCCGGUUUCAAGACCUAGUAUAAGCGAGGUAAUUUCACUUCUUCAGGGAGAAACUUCAUGUGCUGUGGAAUUAUCCCCAUUGUCUGAUUUUAGCCCAAAUAUGGACUUGAGCAGGUGCCUCAGUUAGUCGAUUUCUGUGCAAUUUAUGCUCUCAGGGAUGCCAUUUUCAGCUUGGCCUAGGUACCAAAAUAAGAUGUGCAAAAAUUAAUGUCAACCGGAGUUGGCAAGUGGUUUGUAAAAUUUAUGAAAAAUGUAUAGAAGAAUAGAAGCUAUUUGGGUUCUGUAAUUCUUUGACUGGCUAGCCAGAACAAACAUUUUUAAACAAAAGUGUAACCAUUUAAUAGCUUUGCUUAAUAUUCUCUAAAAACUA